AGACCGUCAGGAGAAAGAGGAGGCGGAGAGGGAGGGUCGGACACUGCAUGAGGAGGAGGAGACCGACGCCGCCGCCGUACACAGCCCCUUCCAGCCAAUCGGCAACGUCAUCAAUGAGAAUGAAGACAAGCUGAAGAAGAGACCGACAGGAGGGCAGGUGGGUGGUGCCAACGAUGCUAGAGAAGGAGGGCAGGAAGAGGAAGAGGAGGAGGAGGAGGAAGAGGACAGCGAGAGACAGACUCCAGAGAGCGGUGCAGCCUCAGUGGAGCGGACGAAGAAGAAGACGAGUAAACUGAGACUGAAGAGGAAACACAGAGUGGAUCCUCUGAGGACGGAGGAGACAGCAGCCCCCGAGAGCCCCACACCUCCACCACUACCUGUUGGAUGGGCUACUCCCAAAAUGUCUAGGCUUCCCAAGCUGGAGCCUCUUGGCGAUAGGAGUCGAUCCGGUAAUGAUGUUUAAAGUGACUGUCUAGACCUGUCAUCUGACUAACUAACUAACCACUAACUAACCAUCUGUCUGUUCCUCAUCUAGCAGCCUGUUCAUGUCAUCUGACUGUCUCCACCACCACUCCACUGCUGUAUGUUAACCACUAACUAACCACUAACUAACCACUAACUAACCAUCUGUCUGUUUCUCAUCUAGCAGCCUGUUCAUGUCAUCUGACUAUCUCCACCACCACUCCACUGCUGUAUGUUAACCACUAACUAACCACUAACUAACCACUAACUAACCACUAACUAACCAUCUGUCUGUUCGUCAUCUAGCAGCCUGUUCAUGUCAUCUGACUAUCUCCACCACCACUCCACUGCUGUAUGUUAACCACUAACUAACCACUAACUAACCACUAACUAACCACUAACUAACCACUAACUAACCAUCUGUCUGUUCGUCAUCUAGCAGCCUGUUCAUGUCAUCUGACUAUCUCCACCACCACUCCACUGCUGUAUGUUAACCACUAACUAACCACUAACUAACCAUCUGUCUGUUCGUCAUCUAGCAGCCUGUUCAUGUCAUCUGACUGUCUCCACCACCACUCCACUGCUGUAUGUUAACCACUAACUAACCACUAACUAACUACUAACUAACCAUCUGUCUGUUCCUCAUCUAGCAGCCUGUUCAUGUCAUCUGACUGUCUCCACCACCACUCCACUGCUGUAUGUUAACCACUAACUAAACACUAACUAACCACUAACUAACUACUAACUAACCAUCUGUCUGUUCCUCAUCUAGCAGCCUGUUCAUAUCAUCUGACUGUCUCCACCACCACUCCACUGCUGUAUGUUAACCACUACCUAACUACUAACUAACCACUAACUAACCAUCUGUCUGUUCCUCAUCUAGCAGCCUGUUCAUGUCAUCUGACUGUCUCCACCACCACUCCACUGCUGUAUGUUAACCACUAACUAACCACUAACUAACCACUAACUAACUACUAACUAACCAUCUGUCUGUUCCUCAUCUAGCAGCCUGUUCAUGUCAUCUGACUAUCUCCACCACCACUCCACUGCUGUAUGUUAACCACUAACUAACUACUAACUAACCAUCUGUCUGUUCGUCAUCUAGCAGCCUGUUCAUGGCAUGCUGUUGUUUCUUCUCUUUCACUAACAGCUGAUGAUGGCUCUUAUUCCAUGUUAAACACUGACCCCAUUUCCUCUUUGUCUACAGAGCAUGUUAAACACUGACCCCAUUUCCUCUCUGUCUACAGAGCAUGUUAAACACUGACCCCAUUUCCCCUCUCUGUCUACAGAGCAUGUUAAAAACUGACCCCAUUUCCUCUCUGUCUACAGAGCAUGUUAAACACUGACCCCAUUUCCUCUCUGUCUAUAGAGCAUGUUAAACACUGACCCCAUUUCCUCUCUGUCUAUAGAGCAUGUUAAACACUGACCCCAUUUCCUCUCUGUCUAUAGAGCAUGUUAAACACUGACCCCAUUUCCUCUCUGUCUAUAGAGCAUGUUAAACACUGACCCCAUUUCCUCUCUGUCUACAGAGCAUGUUAAACACUGACCCCAUUUCCUCUCUGUCUACAGAGC